GAGGCACUCGUAAAUAAGCGAUUGAUCAAUUCAUUUAGUGCGCCAUAAAAUAAUAAAGGAAGCUGUGAUCAAUCACCAGAUUUCCUCCAUGUAUAUAAAUUUUGAAAAUUUGUUCAUCGCUACACUCGUAUCUUACUGCGACCUCCAAGUAUUCCCAUCAUCAUCAUGAUGAACCAAAUUACCCUCCUCGUUUUCGCCACCCUCAUGGUAGCAACUUUGGCCAAGCCCAUAUAUGGCGGAUACGGACAUGGAUUUGGAGGCAUCGGGCAUGGACUUGGUCUCGGGCAUGGACUCGGAUUUGGCAUAGGUGGAUACGGAGGUCUAGGAGGAUUAGGAGGACUCGGAGGUCUCGGAGGAUACGGAGGUCUCGGAGGUCUCGGAGGUCUCGGGGGAUACGGUCUCGGGGGAUACGGUCUCGGAGGUCUUGGAGGACUCGGAGGUGGUUUAGGGGGAUACGGUCUCGGUAUCGGUGGAUACGGAGGCUAUGGAGGAUACGGUCACGGUGGACUCGGGGGCAUCGGAGGAUAUGGAGGCUACGGCAGGUACUAAUCUGGGAGAAAACUAAUUUCUUGCAAGUUCCGGCCAACGUUCUGCUGUCGUUGUAUUUUACAGAAUUAAAAUCUGCAUAGAUA